AUGCCCGUUGCUAUCAUCACCGGUUUGUUUCCAUUCGCUAUAUUGGAAUAUAGUCAAUUCCCUCAGGAGCCAGCUCGGGAAUCGGCCGUGGAACCGCUCUUCUGUUCGCAAAACACAAGUAUCAGCUCUCUUUGACUGGAAGAAACACGGACGCUCUUAAAGAGAUCGCGGCCCUUUGUGUUUCCGAAGGAGGCAUUUCGACUGAAGACGUGAGGAGUUCAAUUGGUUUUUACUGUAAAUAAUGAAGGCUCAGGUGCUGAUCACUGCGAUCGAAUUGAGCGCCGACAAUGCUCCGAGUGCGAUCGUCGAAGCGACUAUUCAAAAGUUCGGACGAAUUGACACCUUGGUGGGAUCUUGAAGUCCGAAUUCCUGAUGAAUGCUUCCUUGCUUCCCCUUUAGAUUAAUUCGGCGGGAAUUCUGCGCGCGGGACCGGUGCUCGAGUCGGGAAUUGAAGUGUUCGAUGAGCUGAUGAACGUGAAUGUGCGCAGUCUGGUUCGUCUCACUCGGGCCGUCCUCCCGCAUAUAAUCUCCACGAAGGGGACCGUCGUCAAUGUGAGCAGUAUCAACGGACCGUGUCCGGUGAGUCCAGUCGAGUGUAAGUGAAAUAACUGAACUUGAUGCCGCAGUUCGCCGGAGUCACCUACUAUUGCAUGACCAAAUCGGCAGUCGACCAGUUCACCAAGUGUUUGGCUCUCGAAAUGGCUCCGAACGGAGUCCGUGUCAAUGCUGUCUGGUAAGGGUUCGUCUGCCGUUUUCCUUCAGAUCACGAAUGUUUCAGUCCCGGAGUCAUCGUCACGAACAUCCAUCGGACUUCCGGACAGGACGAAGCAACCUACGCAGCGGUGAGACGAAAAAGGCAGAAUGUCAAUUUGCUUUCUUCGCUUUCAGUUUCUCGAGAAGAGCAAGACGACUCAUGCUCUCGGACGACCGGGGACCACGUCGGAAGUGGCCGAGGCAAUUUUGUUUUUGGCGUCCGAGAAGAGCUCGUUCACUACCGGACAACUUCUGAAAGUCGACGGAGGAAGAGGAAUUAUGCAUCCGCGAUAG